AUGGGAAAUCGAUUGAUUAUAACAAGUCAUAUCGAAGGAAAUUAUUUUGAAGAUAUUAAUUUUUAUGUUCCAAGAUUAACUAUUGAAAAUAUGUCUAAUGAUGCUCUUAAAUUAUUCUGUAGUUCAUAUAUGAAAUGUAUUAAUGAAAUUUCUAUUAAAGCUGGACGAGUUACUCGAGAAUGUAUUAUUGAUCAAUUAUAUAAUGAUAUAACACAGAAUAAAGAUAUAUUUCAUUUGGCGAUUGAUCCGCAAUUAGCUAGUGUGAUUGCUGCAGUUUAUAAUCAAUACGAAGAUAAAUUACCAGAGAAAAGAAUUGAUUUAUAUGAAAAAGCUAUCGAAAAUAUGAUUGAACGUUUAGUAACUUCUUAUAUCGAUUCUCCAACAAAUUAUCUAAAUAAAGAACUUGGACUAAAUGCUACUGUAUGA